AUUUAUUAAUUUUUUUUUUUCUUUUUCUUAAUGCGUUAAAUGGAGUAGUAAUAUAUAGGAUAUAUAGGAAUAAUAGGAAUAAUAUAUAGGAGAACUUUUCUAGCAGCCCUCGGCAACAAUUUGUAUGUAUGUAUAUAUGCAGAAGAUUAGGUGAUAGAAGAUGAUGAUAUUUUUAUAUAUAUUUUUUUGAAGAUGAUAGUAGGAAUGAAUAAAUGUGGGUAAAUAUGUUUCGGUUGUUAUAUGUCUCAACCAAAAAUAAUUUAGCCACCUGAAUAGUGAACUUGCCGUUUUGUGUCGGUGAUAUCCGGCUCGAAGGACCAAUGUAGCGCCAGGAGUGAGCGGUAGGAAAAAAAAGGAUUUGAGGAUGAUUUCAAAGACACUCGGCGGCAAGAGAUAACUCCAAAAAAAAGCAACCUCCUUCCAGAGAUGGUAAAAUUCUCAAGUGAUGUCACAGUCGGUGGUUAUCGAUAUACAUAUGUAUGAUAUGUUAGUAUAUACUAUGAAUAUGUACAUAUGUGAUUAUAUAUUGUGAAUUAUGAAUUCAGCAUGAACAUAUGUAUACUAGCAAAAAUUUGCUUUGUGUCAAAAGUCUGCAAUGGACCGUGCUGCUGCGUUGAAUUGCAGGCAUAAAUAGACCGCUUGGAAAUGAAACUGAAACACAUUGAAGAUUCAAUUGACAAUAUUGUUAAGAAGAAAUUGGAUGAAAUACAAAAAACAAAUAUUGCGAUGAACGCAAAAGUUUUAGCAUUUAUGAACCAGCUUUCAAAAAAUAUGGCCGAUCCCGAAAUAAUGUUACCAAUAAAGAAUGAGGAGGAGAUAAGUUCAAUGGAUGCUGCAAUAAAGGAGACUCCUCAAAAAUAUAAUAAAUUGUUUCAAUCUACUUUACAAGGUGGAAUUUCUUCAAAUAUGGAAAGGGUUUUCUCCAAGGAUCUUAUUAUCAGAAUGAAUUACAAUGGGGAGUACGGAAAAAUUAGUUUGCGGAAGUAUGCAAACAUAUGUAUAAUCGACUUAGCGGGACGGACGCACGUAUGAAGACUUCGUGCGUUCGAUACGAGAUGGUUUCAAACGAAGCAAAAACUGUUUCUACAAAAAGAGAUCGUACGACAAAAAGCUUAUCAGUUCACCAUCAAUUAUUAGUCCAUCGGAUUCCAGAUAUCCAGAAUUUAAUUUUUAAUUUUCAUUUAGCUUAAGUUUUAUGUUCAAU